GUGAUGCAACGCACUCGGAGCCACAGUCGCACUCGGCGAGGCACGCACUGCACGGCGCUCUCCCCGCGCCACCGCCGGACUGACGCACGGACCGACAGCCAGCCCAGGCCGGCCUGCCCUGCCCGCCCUCCGGAUCCUGGCCACCCCGCGUGGAUACUCGAGCAAAAUGAUGCUUCAACAUCCAGGCCAGGUGUCUGCCUCGGAAGUCAGUGCCUCCGCCAUCGUCCCCUGUCUGUCCCCUCCCGGGUCGCUGGUGUUUGAGGAUUUUGCUAACCUGACACCGUUUGUCAAAGAAGAGCUGCGGUUUGCCAUCCAGAACAAGCACCUCUGCCAUCGGAUGUCCUCUGCUCUGGAGUCGGUCACCGUCAGCGACAGACCCCUGGAGGUGUCCGUCAUGAAAGCCGAGGUAGCCCCUGAAGAAGACGAAAGGAAAAAGAGGCGACGAGAAAGAAAUAAGAUCGCAGCCGCUAAGUGCCGGAACAAGAAAAAGGAGAAGACGGAAUGCCUGCAGAAGGAAUCGGAGAAGCUGGAGAGUGUGAAUGCCGAGCUGAAGGCGCAGAUCGAGGAGCUGAAGAACGAGAAGCAGCAUUUGAUAUACAUGCUCAACCUGCACCGGCCCACCUGCAUCGUCCGGGCUCAGAACGGGCGGACUCCUGAGGAUGAGAGAAACCUGUUUAUCCAGCAGAUAAAAGAAGGAACGCUGAACAGCUAAGCAGCCGUGGUGUAGGGGCAACUGGGGAGUCCUCGUCGAAUCCUCCCUUUCCACCCAAAACCCUGCAACCAUUGGAAAGCAGACUUCCUGUGCACCUCUAGAAUCCCAGCAGCCAAGAACCAUCGAGGUGGGAGGGCCCAUGGCAGCCUGCUGGGCCUUCCCUCUUUGGACCAGAGCGAGAGCAUCCUUUGCCUCAACUCCAGGAUUUAGGUCUUAACAUCCUGGCCAUUCUUUGAUGUCCAGAUGGCCCCCAGUUAGGGUCCUGCCCAUCUGUUAGGCCUCACGCAGAGGUGUCUACACCUCGGGUGGGCGGGGCUGUCUCCUCCGCAGCAGCCACGUUCCUUGAGGGAUACACGGAGUGAGAGCCACAGGCAUUGAAGUUGUGCGAUGGCCAGGGCUGUGCUUUCUAGCAGAUACGCUGUCAUGUUUGGGAAUUACUGUGUGCAAGGCAUUCGUUUCAGAACUAGGCGUCCUGCUCUUCUGAUGCCUCACCUUUUGGUGAUUAUCCUCAGAUCAAAGUCAGAGAGUCUGGGGUCUGUCGCCCUGGGCAGUGUCCCUCUGGAAGAUUUGUGUACCACGGAGAGCAGAGCUGUCCUGCAGGCCAGGAGUGUGGGGGCUGCAUUCCCCUGGCACCCUGGUGUUAAGGAGCAGCCAGGGGCAUGGCCACAGGUCCUGUUGCAAACUCAGUUUCAGUGUCAUAGGAAGAAAGCGGAAAGAAAGUUCAACUUGCAAGAGCUUAGGACUCUCCACUCAGGCUGGGAGUUAUUUCAGAAGAGCCAAAGACAUACUCCAUUCUCCUUUCCUGGUGGUCAGAAGCCAGUCAGUGGAGACAUACAUUGGAAGCCAGUGAUGGCAAGGUUUUAGCAUUACUGGAGGUUCAUGCGUCUUUCUUGUCAUGGAGCUGUGUUAAGAAACCUGGCCCAGAGCAUUUGCAGCUGUGAGCGGUCACUCACUCACUCACACUGGCCACAGGACUCUGGCUAAUGUCUGUUAAAAUUCUGAUGUUUCUGUGAAAGCCUCAGAGUGUUUGAUCCUACUCGAUAGUAUCAUUACAAUUUUCUGUAAGAGAAAAGAUGACUUAUUUAUCCUAGUAUUCCUGUCAGUGUAAUAAAUAUUGGAACCAAGACAUGGUAAAUGUAAAUGUUGUGCUGGCUUGUUUUUCUAAAUCUGUGGUUGAUGGAAACCUAGUCAUUCCCCACAUGUCACCUCUCCGUGUGGAGGGCGAUUUGCUUUGAAUAUCUCGGGGUGUUAGUCUUUGUUUCUUGGGGCACCAUCAGGAGGAAUCAUUGACUUACAGUUCUUUUCCUCAGUCUGCGAUACCUGAGGCUCAGUUUCUCGUUGACACACCCUGAAACACAGCAGCAAGUAGAGGCUUUAGGGCAGCUCUUCGGUACUGAGAUAGAAACUCUGAAUUGCUGAGUGCUACAACUACCAGUUUCUCUGAAGGGCCGGGUCCCUAAAACACCUGUUGUCAACCUGCUGUCUGACUCCCUCCUUUCUGGCACAGUGCUCCCCUGGAAGAGUCAUUUGCUUGGACUACAAGGGCCGUGACAUCCAAAUGUGUGUCUCAUUGUCAUGAAUGUAUCAUAGAUAUCACAAAAGAAUGGGAGGAGGCACAGGUGAAGAGAACAGUUUUGAGCAAGAUGGAUGUGGUAGUUCCAAGAAACGAAUUCUGCUUAGUUUUCUGGACUUCCCAGGCCAAAUGACCCCUCGGGGCUGGCGUAGAAACAGGCUCCCUGGCUGUCUACGGGGGCGCUGUGUACCACGCCCAGGCCGAGGUGCCAGGUGCCCACUCUUCAUCUUUCACUGUGCUCUUCCACAGACACUAACUUCCUUAAACACGACAUUUGCCACCCGAAUGCUGUGCUUGCUUCUUUGAACUCGCUGAUGGACUGGGCGUAUGACACAGACUUACUAUUUUUGCGGCUUUAAUUGUCCCAUGAGGGGCUGUCCCUCAUCUGUAGAGUCACCUGGUUGUUAGCACCAUUGGCCAUUCUAUCAUUGUGUACAUUUGUGUUCCUUAUCUUGGUGGAGGCGAAAGUCCCCUUCUGGUGUUAAGCUUUGAUUAUGUCAACUUGGGUGGCUUGGGAGUCACCCCAGGAUGAGUACAGCACACUCCUGGGUGUGUCUGGGUGGGUCAUGAAGGUAUGAAAUUAGGGAGUGUAUCUGAGCCCUGGCCCCUGCCUCCCUGGCGGCCCCACUGCCAUGCACUACUAAACACCCUUCCGCCGUGAGAUUUCUCCCUUAAAGCCAACCAGCCAUGGGCUGCAUCCCCUGAAUCCAGGAAUCAAAUUAACUUCUUUUCCUUCAGUUGUGGGUGCUGAGGUCCGUCUCCAGGAAGGCUUAUACACCCUCAUUAACCCUCUGGUCAUGGGUAGAGUGGCACUGCCAGCCACUAUGACAUGCAAGACCAUUGUAAGCUGCCAUGGACAGCAGUGGACUAGAGAGGGAGGGAGAGCUGGUGAUGGUGAGAAGACCUGACCCAAGAACUGCACUGUGUUGUUAAUGUGACCAUAAGCUCUUUUAACAAAUGCUUUUGGAUUCGUUGUUUUAUGUAUCCAAGUUUAUGUUUUGAUACUUUAAUAAACAAAAAGAUGAAUAUGCAUUUACCACCAA